UGCGGACGCUGCUGCAAUGGCAGCUGUGUGUGGAGUGUCGUAGUGUCCCAUGUAUGACUCAUUGAUAAGUUGUACGAGGUGAACGAGGGGAGCUAUAUAACCUCCUUUGAGAGGAGCGAUGAGACAGCAAACAGGUGCGCGAUCUGCAGGUAGUGUGGUGGAAGUGGGCUGUCGCUCUCGAAAGUGAGGAUCAGUGUAGGCAUUGGUGUCUGCUAAAGGGUUUGUGGAUCAGUGAGUCAAACAUUGCGUUUGAGGAUGGAGUUUCCAGAGUUGGGACAGCAUUGCUCUGAGAGCACCUGCAAGAGGCUAGAUUUCCUGCCCGUGAAGUGCGACGCCUGCAGACAGAUUUACUGCAACGACCACUUCCAGUACCGAAAUCACAGCUGUACUGUUGGCCUUAGCAAAGAUGUCCAGGUGCCUGUGUGUCCACUAUGUAAUAGCCCAGUACCGAGCAAGCGAGGUGACCUACCUGAUGUAGCUGUAAGCAGCCAUAUUGACCGUGACUGUCAGUCCGAUCCGGCACAAGCAAAGCGCAAGGCUUAUGUUAAUCGUUGCUCCCUGAAGGGUUGCAAGCAGAAAGAACUGAUUCCCCUGAAGUGCGCACAUUGCAGCCUCAACCACUGUUUGAAGCACAGGUUUCCAGAUGACCAUAACUGCACAGGAAAGGGAAUGUCCCCCUCGGGUGCUGCCGCAGUGGCCAGACUUCAGCAGAAAGCCUCCAGCCCCGUGGUCAAGCGAGUGGCCGCAGCGUCUACGUGCGGAGCACAAAGCCAGCGCGCUAGUGUGUCUCACCUGCAGACAGAAGAUGAAGCCUUGGCAUGGGCUCUGCAGCAGUCUCUGUAUGAAGCUGAACUUCAGGGCCACAGCACUGACCAGCAUGGACGGCGGAGAAGGACAUCAAGGCAAAAGUCUGAGAAGGGCUGCUUUGUCUCCUAGACGACAUGUUUACGCCUCUUUGACACGCAGUGUGGCCACCGCUGCGCACUCCGUCCAGUGGCCUCAAUAUUCUGCACUUGUUGGGCUCUGAAAAAUUGUGUGCCUUUCGUCACCCUUAUUUUUAUUGUUGCUUUCUUUUUUUCCGGCAGAUUGUCGGACAUUCCCAUUUAUCUUGCUAUAUAUAUUAAUGGCGUAUUUGACUGGUCAUAUUGAGAGCACUCUGGCAGUGCUGCUAAGAUUGUGCAAGACAGCCUUAAUUACGAGAACAAGUGGGUCGAAUACCUUAUAAUUGGGCUUCAUUAUCGCCAUCUCGAGCCACUUAUUUGCCAUCAUACACAACCGUUGAAGCAUUGCCAGACUGCUCUGAAAUUACCAGUCGAAUAUAGCAUAAGUUACCACACUCCAAGAGAGCCAUCUUUGUUUUUAAAAGUCUUUAUUAUUGAAAUAAAAAGCUGAAUGUAUCUUC